GAGCUAUGGACGGUGUUGCAUACCAUACCAGAAUUGGGUUCCGCUUCUGCUUCCAUUCGUACUUGCUGGUAGUCGCUCUUCUUGUGAUCAGCGUGUGAUGUCUUCUUCUUCAUAUCACCUCAUCACCCUCAAACGACUCUAACAUGAUGACAGCCAAAGUGGGUCAACGCUUUGGCAACAAGUACGAGGUCAAAGAGGUGAUCAAUCGUCGUGACUCCACUGUGAGCGUCUACAUCGCGACAGACAUCGAGACGCAAGAAGAGGUCGCUCUCAAACUCAGCUCCGACUACUACAAGCUCAAGCGCGAGGCCAGGUUCUACAGAUCCCAAGUCCAAACGCUCGAGGGCUUUCCGAGUCUUAAGUGGUUCUGGAAGGAGAAACAUCGCAAUGGUGCUUAUGGCGUCCUCGCUAUGGACCUUUUGGGCCCGUCUUUGGAUAGCCUCAUGGAGAAGACCAAAAAAGGCGAGUUCAGCCUCAAAACGACUCUUCAAAUCAUGGAUCAAGUCAUCACCCGCAUCCAAGCUCUCCACGAAUGCCAAUGGAUCCACCGCGGCAUCAAGCCCGACAACUUUUGCAUUGGUCCCAUCGGGAGCAAGAGCGAGGGAGUGGUGUACUUGAUCGACUUUGAUGAUGUGUACCAAUACAUCUCGCCGUAUGGGAACCAUUUCAGAGACUGGGGGGACAAUCAGGGAAACCGGAAUUGGACGUCGUUGGCCGUGGAUGAAGGGCGGCAGACAAUUCGGCGGGAUGAUAUGGAAUCCGCUGGUUAUAUGGCCGUUUACUUUCUCAAAGGGUGGUUGCCCUGGCAUGGUCACUCGUACCACCACAGUCAUUCGACAAUGGGGUAUAAGAAGGACACUUCCCUCGACGAUCUCUGCGAAGACCUACCCCAAGAGUUCAUCACAUACCUCGCCUACUGCCGCUCACUUGCAUACACCCAGCAGCCCGACUAUGACUAUUGCCGCCGGCUUUUCCGACAAGUGUUUGAGAGAGAAGGGUUCAGGGAUGAUGGAGUGUGCGACUGGAUGGCCCCGCAGAGCGUUGGUGAAUCGGAGAAGCUCCGGCCAACUUUCCUCCGGUGAUGUUGAGAACAGCGAGAAGUCUGAAAAGAGCUGUUCGUCGGCUGUUUCGGGCGAUGAUGCUACUGUUGACCAUUCUCUUAUCAGCCAGCCCGAGACGGAUGAGGCAGGUUCUUCCCAGCCAAAACUCG